GGUCAAACAUUGGUGACCUGAGUAUGUGGUUUGAUUAUUGUACUAAAAAAAUCACAUCAACUUCUUCUUCUCUCUUAAUCUUAUCCAAAUUAAGCCAAACCAAAAACCUCGAUAAAUCCUUCCUCUUGUUGCUUAUGCCGCUUCUUCCCACUUUCCUCUCUACCAAAUUCCCAGUGAAUUCAUCAUACUCUUCAUACCCUAAAAUCAGCAAUGCCCUUUCCAAUUCAUCACUAUUUGCAAAGAUUCAACAUCUCCGCUCGAACCCCUUCGAUUGACAUUGGAGAAAUCUCCUCUAAACCCUUUUCUAUCAUCAUUCCCUGAAUCAAUUUCCAAUGCCAUAAUCCCACUCCCACCCAAAUGUCUCGGCUAAAUCCCUCUGGAGCUGCAGAGGAUUUUUCUUGAACAAUUCAACCCCCACUCGUAUUCUUCAGCUUCCGGUAACCGAUGACUACUUCUUUACCAUUAACUUCUCCAUUAUUCUCUGCAUUUUCGCCGAGAAAGACCCUUUUUUCGCUCAAGCUUAAUCGGCCCUCCAUCACUCAGAGUACACAUUCUCUUCAUUUUUCGAGUCCAUUUGUAAAUGUUCCUCAUUCCAACUGUUCUGAUCCUGUUUCCUCGACUUCUCGGAUCAUUCGUACUGUCCCUCGAAGUUCUUCAAAUGGGUUUCUCGAAGAUGACGAGAUUAUCCCUUCAUUUGAGGAGAAGCCGAUUAAAGUUCUGAUUUUGGUUCUGUUUUGGGCAUCUUUAUCCCUUGCUUGGUUUGCUGCUUCUGGGGAUGCUAAAGCUGCUGUUGAUUCUAUCAGAGCUUCGAAUUUUGGGCUAAAGAUCGCCAGCGCAUUGCAAAGCUCAGGCUGGCCUGCUGAGGCUGUAGUGUUUGCCCUUGCUACGCUUCCUGUAAUUGAGCUCCGUGGGGCCAUUCCUGUUGGUUACUGGAUGCAGCUUAAGCCUGUUACUCUAACCGUUCUAUCAGUACUUGGGAACAUGGUUCCUGUACCCUUCAUCAUACUCUAUUUGAAGAAAUUUGCAACUUUUCUAGCGGGAAGGAAUGCAUCUGCCUCUCAAUUCCUCGAUAUGUUAUUCAAGAGGGCCAAAGAGAAAGCUGCACCUGUUGAAGAGUUUCAGUGGCUUGGUCUGAUGCUAUUUGUGGCCGUGCCUUUCCCCGGAACAGGAGCUUGGACUGGUGCCAUAAUUGCUUCCAUCUUAGACAUGCCAUUCUGGUCAGGUGUCUCUGCAAAUUUCUUUGGUGUUGUAGUGGCAGGGCUUCUAGUCAACUUGUUGGUGAAUCUUGGUCUGAAGGAGGCCAUUGUCACUGGAGCGAUUCUUUUCAUUAUAUCAACAUUCAUGUGGAGUAUUCUUCGAAUGAUAAAGAAAAGCUUUGAGAAAAUGAACUAAUCCAAAAGGUUAGGUAUUUCUUUGUCUACUGACAAUGAACCAGGUUGGUCUGAUCUUAGUCUGAUAGAUCUUGACUUUGACUUGUUACUUGUUAGUUUAAGUUGGAAAUCUGAUCAAUUGAUUACUUACUCUUUUCUUGGUGGCA